ACGUCUCCUUCAUUUUUCGAGGGUUUCUCUUCUCUAUUCUCUAAAUAUGCAAAAUCCAAAGAGGAAAUCGCCGAGAAUCAUGUUGGCGGAGGGAGGCGAGGUCGACCAACAACAAGUAAGCAAAGCGCAGAGAUACGAGGGACGGGUGUCACUGUACAGAGAGAUAUCAGCGAUGGUGGAGGCGGAGGAUAAGAAGGAGAAGCAAAAGAGGUUGGAAGCGCGGAAGCGGGAGGAGGAGCGGCAGAAUAAGGAAAUGGAGAGGUUGAUUAAGGGGGAAUACGGACAAAACGGAAGAAGGAUUUGGGGGCGGAGUGGCGAUGGAUUUCGCUAUUGCCCUGCCGGUGUGAAGGCUAUGAAUAAAAGGCUGUGGCGUCGGUACCUGAAAGAGAUCCACCGGACUCGGGGUUAUAUGGUGACUUGUUUUCCGGGUGCUUGCGUCAAUGCAACAAUCGUUCCUUUGAAUUUGGAUUUCGAAAAGGAAGAAGAUGCUCCCAAGGACAAGAAAAGAAAAGCUGACAUUCGAAUGAUGUGCGAGAAAUGCAUUGCAGAAUUCAACCAAAACCAUCCUCAGGAACCAGCAUACAAGCUUGAAAAGAUUAAGUAUGCCACUCGUGGUCGCCUUUUUAACUACUAUCUCACAUUCGAGGCAGCUCAGCUUGGUGAUGAUUCCACCAUUGAAACCUUUCAAGCACAGUAUGUCUGUGUAUUUUAUGAACCUUCUCGUAAUAAGGUUCUCCUCUGUGAACGGAAAUCUGUACUUGAUGCACAAUAUCGAAAGGACAAAGCAGCUGGUGUGCGUUGCCAACUUCCUUGCUGUGGACCCCCUUAACUUCCACAUCGCCCUUGCACACUUCCUCGUUGUGGGUGUAUUUCCAUGUGAUGUGCUGCCAGCCAGCAGUUCUGUUGCCUUGCAAGUCUUAGCCUUUUGUAUAAUAUAGGAAUUGAAAUGUUUAAGAUCCUUCCAUCCAGGCGUUGUUAGUUGUGGUUGGUUUUGUAUGGUUCAAGUGUUGUCUAAAUUAUCAGAAGCAUCGAUUACGUGAUUUUAAUGACUAUCUUUCUUACUAUUUAACAAAUUUACCUUUCCCUUGUCUGAAAA